UUUUGCUGGAAAUGGCAGCGAAUUCACUCACCGCGUGUUGCAUCCGUUCACCCAAAUUCCAUUGCUUCUGUCCACCUCGAUUUCUCUAGGGUUCUCCCCUCCCAUUCGCGCCGGCUUUGUCCCCUUCCUCUUCGUCGCCAUCCACCGCCGAAGUCGAGCCCCGACUUGGGCUUCGUCGCCAUCUCCGACUUCCUGUGAGUUGCAAUCCACCGCCGAAGACGAGCUCCGUCUUGGUCUUCGUCGCCAUCUUCGCAGAGGACCAGCCCCGACUUCGUGUUCGUCGCCAUCUCCGAUUUCGAGUUUCAGACCACCGGCGCAUCUUCAUCUUCUUCCACGCGAGCGAUCUUGGUCUUCGACCAUCGAUCUGGAGUCUUCGUCCACCGGAAGCGAUCUUGGUCUCUGUUUCAGCGAGCGAUCUUUGUGUUCGCCAUCUCCGCCGAAGUCGACCUCCGAUUCCGACUUGCAGACCGCCGUUCAUCCUCGUCGCCAUCUUCGUCCACGGUUGGUACAUAUUAAGUGGGCAAAAAUAGGACACAUUACUUUGAAGGAAUAUUGAAUAAGCAUAUGGUUGUGUUUUAGUGACGUAAGAAGAGAUGCAAAAUCAGGACGGUCCUCUGUCUAACAGAGAAAUGGAACCCACAGCACCCAUCCAAGCAUCAGAAGUUGAUGAUUGGUCAAAGUUCAAGGAUGAUGGUGUUAUGCAAGAACAAUCUGCCAGUUGUUACGAGGAUGUGGAGAAAAUUCCUUUCGUAGGUGAUAAGGAGCCUAUUUCAACAUUAGCAGCUGAAUAUCAGUCAGGAAGCCCUAUUUUACAGGACAAAAUAAAGGUGCUCAAUGAACAAUUUGCUGCCCUAAGGCGAACAAGGGGUGAUGGUAACUGCUUUUUUCGAAGUUUUAUGUUCUCAUACCUGGAGCAUGUUUUGGAAUCACAAGACCGCGGAGAAGUUAAUCGUAUUACAAUUAAUGUGGAACAAUGCAGAAAGACACUUCAGAAUUUGGGUUAUCCAGACUUUACGUUUGAAGAUUUCUUUGCGUUAUUUUUCGAGCAGCUGGAGAAUGUUCUUCAAGGAAAUGAGGUUUCUAUAAGUCAUGACGAGCUUCUACAGAGGUGCCGAGAUCAGUCUGUGUCAGACUAUGUUUCUUGGGUAGUUGUUAUGUUCUUCAGAUUUGUUACCUCUGGUGAGAUUCGAAAACGCUCAGAGUUCUUUGAACCCUUUAUUCUGGGAUUAACAAAUGCAACAGUAGAGCAGUUUUGCAAGUCAUCUGUGGAGCCAAUGGGUGAAGAGAGUGAUCAUGUCCACAUAACUGCCCUAUCAGAUGCACUGGGUGUCCCCAUCCGUGUUGUAUAUCUCGACCGCAGUUCAUGUGAUACUGGUGGUGUCAGCGUAAAUCAUCACGAUUUCAUUCCUGCUUCCAAUGAUCUUCCUGUCGGUACUGGUGGCGGCUCCGAGACUGUCAAACCAUUUAUCACCUUGCUAUACAGACCGGGUCACUAUGACAUUCUCUAUCCCAAAUGAAACACUGCCAUCUGUAAGUUCUUGCUGUUUCUUUCCUGAUUCAGGUGCCAAGCUAAGUUGAUAAAUUGCUUCUUCAAUAUCACUUGCAAUUAAAUGUUGCUCACCAAUCAAAAUGACGCAACCCAUUGUUGAUCAGCUUUUCAUCUCGCCAUCAAAACCUCCUGAAGUUGUGGUUCUGUAAUGCAUUUUGAAGUUGCCGUUUUGAUAUUCUGAUUGGAGCUUCCGUGAUUAGCAGGAGCUGACCAAUGUCAGACUUAUCUGGAAUACUUAUUUCUUACAGAUGGUUAGACUGUUGCUCGAGUAUGCUGAUUAUCUAGACCGCUUCUGUCUGUUUGCCUGCUUUUGUAAUUCAUCCAUUUGUGGUUCUUGUUGGCUGUGAAUAUAUUCAACAAACUCGGGGGGGUGGGGUAAGUAAAGCUGGCCUUUUUAGCCAUAUGCAUGGUUGGCAGAACUUUGUCAUCUGAGAAAAUGCUUUAAAACAACUCUCCAUCUGUUUUGUACUCUUAACUCUUAAGGGCCAAUGACUUUCCAAGAUUUUUUGAGUUUGAAAUUGCUGGAUUGUUCAAAUGAGACAAUGCCCAUAUUCUCUCCCCCAGUCUUUACUUCAUUUGGACAAUUAUGAACUUCUGAAAUAAAAUUCUCCACUCUUAGAAGUUUCCAGAAAUUCUCAUCUUGUGGUGGUGGGUGUCAUUUGUAUAUAUCCCCUUUUUAAGAGAAUGGAAGAAGGAAACUAGAGAUGAGAGAGAUUGUAAUUUGUCUGAGUUCACUCCACUCCACUCAACCCCACCCCCACUCCACUCCACUCUCUUAAAUGAUUUAUCUAUUAGGAAAUUUUAUACCCAUUAACAAGAUUGACAAAUAAUUUUCACAAAUUAAAGUGACUUAAAUUUAUAAUAAUUUUAUAGUGAGUGCCAGCCCUUCUACCAACUGCAGUUCAACUAACAGCCCUAUCAUCUUCAUCUUCUGACCUUACAGUCAAUUGUGCAAAAAAGGCUUUUCCAUACAGUGAAAGAUCUCUUUGCAGUUUCGCGUAAGAUGAUUUUUUUUCCUGUAGUUAGCAUUUUUAGAUGUGCAGGGUUACACUAAAUACACAAAAGAAAAGACUUGUUUUAAACAUCCUGAGGUCAAACGUAACAAUGUGCCUCAAAUCAUAUCCCAUCCAUUUAUCAAUACGAUAUUGCCAAUUAUAUGUACUCUUAUUUAGACCAUUCAGUUUACUGAAUCUUUUCUUAAUAUUUUGAAAACAAACAAAUCCCACAUAGUAAGUUCAAAAGCACUAGUUUUAAUAGAAUUGAAUAUUGUUACACAUAUGAGGAGCGCAACGCAAUUAUCUCAAAUUUCUUUUUAACCAAGGUGUGGAGGAGAACCAGAAGCCAGACUUGGACCACCAUUUACUAGUCUUGCGUAGUAAGUAGUAGUAUCCACAUAUCCCAGAUUGUGACUCGUCCCAACAUGCUUUGCAUUGCAUUAAUAGCUCACACCCACAUUUCGAGCCAAGCAAAGAGACUAACUUGUGGGAAUCAAGACUUGUAUCUAUCAAUGGGAGGAUAAUUAAUAGCUUCACUGCCACGAAUUCUUCCACCUUCAAGACCUGAUUUAUGGCAAAAUGUCACGUUCCCUUUACUACUUAUAGAAACUAAAUUCCACAAGAUUUUAUGGCAAGACGGACGUCCAUAUGUUUAAGUAAUAGCACAGACUAUUUCUGCUAAUUCCACGAUUUAUUACGGCACCAAAAUGAAAACAAACAUCUUUUUAAAGUUUACACUAUUUCUAGUCCAAAAAGAACAAAGAAUACGAGAACAUGCCUUUCUCCAUCUGAACUACUGUUCCUACAAAUAUCAUCCCUCUCACCCACCCUAGAGCUAGAACAAGGCCUGAUGCAAUGUCAAAUGUCAUUUCUCACUCAAGUAACAUCAACAAAAGAUUUCAACAAAAUACACGGUCUCAAGCACCACCCAUCCAUCUUGAAUCAUUUUCAUCAAAGUAAAUAAUAACCAACAAAAUCACUCAAUUUAAGCAAUAGUUUAAAACAGAUAUUACUACAAAAUUCCAAUUUUACUCGCAGAAGAGAAAGGAUCAUUUCCCAGACACUAAUAUAGCUGGGCUCACCACUCCUAGUCCUGAAAACAUCAAAUGGUCAAAAGAUUUAAUUCCUUUUACAAAUUCAAGAUCAUUAAAAAAAAAAAAGAAAAAAAAAAAGCAAAAUAAAA